AUGACCGCUGGUGUAGUGGGAUGCGGAAAGAUUGUGCUAGUAAACUUGUAUGCGUGCGUUUUGGUCGGCAAUCACAUUAAAAUCACCUUUGAGCCAAAAUGAUUUCCGUGUGUUAGAGCGUGAUUUAUACUUCCAGUUUUGAAUACACUGCUCUGUAGUCUAUCACAAGGAACAAGUGUUGUGAUCAUGGAGGAAGUGAUAUUCACAGGAUUCCUGACGAAAUCUCCACCCGAAAGGAAAAUAAAUCGUGCGAGAUGGCAGAGGAGGUGGUUUGUCCUAAAGCGCAGCCCACCCAACGCUGUCUACCUACAGUACUACAAAGACCAGAACUCGGCCAAGCCCAAGGGGACCAUUGACCUGAAUUCCUGUGAACAGGUGGACCAGGGCUUGACCUUUGAAUCUAGGAGGUCGCUGGCCAAGAACUUCAUCUUCGACAUCGUGACCCCCAAGAGAAAGUACUUCCUCGUUACCAACACAGAGGUGGAGAUGAUUCGUUGGGUGAGGGAGAUCUGCGUGGCCUGUGGCUUCCAGUUGGAGGGACAAGAAGAGAACACACCUUAUCAGCCCAGCCAGCCUGUCAAUGUUACCCAGAACUCAACAAGUAACAGAUACCCCAAUGGUGUCCCUGCGUCUGCUCCCAUCAACACCACAGAGACGGGUGAAUCCUACAUUCCUCUAGAUGAAUGUAGCACUGGAGAUGGCCAUUUCCACUCACAGAGUGUCCCUGCAAAUGGUGGCUGGGAUAAUGACAGAAAGAGCCAGGAGCUAUUUCAGAUUGAUAUCCCGACGGGCAGGCCGGAGAGCUCGGGCAGCAAUGGCAGUAGCAUUCCAAGUGAGAUGGCCCCCUUGCCGCCCUCCCAGCGGGAUUGUGAUCCUUCGGAGAACUACGAUGUCCCACCAGUGUUACGGAGGAAUAAUUCCUCGACGAACAUGCAACCCACAUAUGACAUACCCCCAGCUCUAAUGCGUAGAGAGUCGUCCUUAAAGAACCAGGAGGAUAUUUUCAAGCCUGUUCCCGGACAGCAGAGUAUGGAAUUGAACAGAAGCUUCUCCCCAGAUGAAGCGUAUCGGUUGAACGAGACCCCGCAAGAUUUGUAUGAUACACCGCCCCCGCAUGAAUCUGGUGGUCUGUACGACAUCCCACCAGGGAUGCAUAAACUCAUCAGGAACCAGGACAAGGAGAUGAGCCAAUCCACAGACAGACUCGCCCAGGACUUCCAGAAAAUCUCGUUCCGCAACUCAGUCGGGGCAACUGAUGCCGCUCCGGACCUGUACGAUGUACUUCCCUCGCCAUCGUCAAGUGUUCGGAGCGCCACAGAUCUUUAUAGUUCUCCAGUAAAUGGAUCUGCUCAGAAAACAGCCGCACCUCCGCCGAGACCCCCGAAGAGACAAUCAGUGACCGAGUCCCAACCCGUGGCCACGCCUCCCCGACCGCACAAGCCCAAUCACUUAAAGACCAUGCCAGUAACACCGCCUCCAAGUUUUGAUGACUCUUUGUAUAAUCAACUCCCGCCCCAAUCUUCUAAGGUACUCUCGCCUGUUGAUCUGGAGAGCAGGCUCCAACAUGUUGCUCCGGUGUAUGACACACCCCCAGUUGCCAUCACGAACUGGAACGAUGUAAAGACGACGCCGCCUUCUGGACAUCAGUGGCUGGAUAGCAAGAUUCCUAUAGGGUACGUCAACACCAAGCAGUCCCCCAUCAAGCCGUCCGUCGCCAUGCCGUCCUCGUCUGUCCCACCCAAAUCUGCCGGUUACCGCAACAUGAGAGGGGGCAUGCCACAGAGGGCCAGCACAAUAGAGUAUGACAGUCGGGAUAGCCACGCGCAGAUUGUACAUCAGCAACAGCAGCAACAGCAACAGCAGCAGCAGCAGCAGCAGACAAGCUACAUGCCGAUGAGUGGCAGCAGCAGUUCUUCCAAUGUGUUCCAAUACCCGGACAACUCCCUCUACAUGCCGAUGGAGUCUGCCAACGAGGGCCUGAGGCCGGAGGGACGUCUUCCGUCAGAUGCCCAGAAUGAACCCUACGCCUUAAUGAGCAGUGCCGUGGGUGAUUUGAAGGAUUUCCCGAUACAGAAGAGGGCGCUGCCGAGUGAUUUCCAUCGGCAGACGAUCUCGGGUGGGCGGCCACCUCCAAUAGACAGAAGCUUAAAGCCAGAUAGGAAGCUAAGUGAAGGAGCAGGAGGAGUGAACAACAUCGGAAUGGCAGGCAGUUUCUACGCAACCACCACUACCACAGAUGACAUGGGCCUAGUACCAGUCCAAUCACCCAGAACGAAAAGCUUCAGCAGAAGACCGGUCCAGUACGAGAACCACAGGUUAGACCACGAUUCGGAUCCCUUCCGAGGGCGCACCAACACCGGUGAAAGCGCUACCUCAUCCUCCGAUGAUGACAUGUACAGCGCCGAAGGAGACCAUUUUCAAUUAACUCGUCCAGUCCCUGUACCGGAUGAGGACACGUAUAUCUACAAGGAUCUAACUCCAAUGGGGUCUAUACUCGAACGCCCAUUGGGUGAGGGUUUAUCCAGUUCACCAAUCCCAGCCUCGCUUCUCUCCCAGCAGAGUGAUGACAUCGAGUACCUGGAGCUAUCCCACGAGAAUGAAGAGCCUCGUCAACCUCCUCCAAGGCCUCCCAAGCCGAGCUCCCCCAAGGUGGACUACAUCGACCUGGACCACCAGAGGAUGAUGGCCCUUAAGAAGGUCACGGAUCAGAGGGAAGAGGAGCUCCAAGAUCCAAGCAUCACGGGGCGGGGUACCCUUAAGAGAGAAUUAUAAGGGGGGGGGGGGGGGGGCGUCAUCCUCCACUCACCAAAGGUUACAUUGUAUCUACCCCAAGGCUGUAAACUCCCCAGGGAGCUGAGAAGGUCACCGUUCAGAGGGAGGAAGAGCUUCAAGAUCCAAACAUCGCGGGGCGGGGUACCCUCACUAAAAGAGAUUUAUAAGGGGGCUUGUGGUAGCACCAUGUGUUAAUUUCUUUUAAAUACUCUGGACACUAAUUGGUUAUUGUCAAAGACUAGUCUU